AUGUAUACCAGAACUUACCUGACACACGCCUUGCGCUUUGCACCGACACGGACAUUCACCACAGCAUCCCGACUAUCAAGCUCAGGACUGAAGAUUAAUGCUGAUCGGCUUAUGGAAACAUUGCAUGAGACAUGCAACUGGGGUAAGGCUCAUAUAUAUGGCGACGACACAACCAAAACGGGAAUGGCCCGCUUGACUUUGAGCGAUGACGAUGCUCGGGUGCGUGGAUGGUUUGCUGCUGAAGUUCAAAAGUUAGGAUGUUCUCUCUCCAUUGAUCAGAUGGGAAAUAUGUUUGCUUGCCAAUCAGGAAAGCUCAAUUCAACUGCCCCUAUGACCGCUAUGGGCAGUCACCUGGAUACUCAACCUCGAGGUGGUCGAUAUGAUGGGAUUCUGGGCGUCAUGGCUGCUUUGGAAGUCUUACGGACGAUGAAAGAGAACAACUUUAGAACGAACUUUGAUGUUGGAGUGGUGAACUGGACAAAUGAAGAGGGAGCUCGGUUCCCGAAAUCUAUGUGCUCUUCAGGUGUUUGGGCAGGUGCAAUUCUGAUUGAAAAAGCCUGGGACUUGAGGGAUAUCCAUGACCCAAACGUGACUCUUCGGUCUGAACUUGAGAGACACGGGUAUCUGGGGGACAUUCCCUGUGACGCAGUCAAUGGGUUCCGUUUAGGUGCUCACUUCGAAUUACAUAUUGAACAGGGCCCCAUCCUGCCAGCGAACGGGCGAUCGAUUGGAAUUGUUCAGGGUGCUCAGGGUUACCGAUGGUCAACCAUCAAUAUUCAAGGCAAAGAUGCCCAUACUGGAACAACACCUUUCAGUUCCCGCCAUGAUCCACUGCUUGCAGCAUCCAGGAUGAUUGCUGUCUCUAAUGAUAUUGCCAAGCGCCAUGAUGCACUUGCUUCAACAGGCAUCAUUAAGAUUCCCUCGAAUGCGUCCACCAACACCAUUGCAUCGGAUGUGACUUUCACUUUGGACAUUCGACACCCACAGGAUGAUGUCGUUCAUGCUGUACAAGAUGAAUGCCUUCAAGCCUUUGCCAGGAUCGCGGCUCAGGAUGGCAAGGGUGUCACUUUCGAUUGGACUUUGGACACCGACUCACCUGCUGUCAAGUUCGACUCGGGAUGUAUCGCGUCUAUCAAAGCAGCUGCGGAUAAUCUUGUCGGACCUGAGGGUUCAAUGCUCAUGACUAGUGGCGCUGGUCAUGAUAGUGUUUACACCAAUCAGCAUUGUCCUACGGCGAUGAUUUUCGUGCCUUGUAAGGAUGGAGUCAGUCACCAUCCAACAGAAUAUUGUUCUCCAGAAGACUGCGCUCUCGGAACACAGGCUCUACUUGAAACCGUCGUCCAUUACGACCAGACAAAGGCUAGUCAAGAUGCGAGAGCAUAG